UGCAUCCAGCUGUCGAUAUAUACGAUCUCAGCUUCAUCAUAAAUGGCGAAACUCAUCAGAAAUCUACUGCAUGCAUGCUGCUAAUGCUUGCUAGCUCUGUGGUCGAAGGAGGAGUUUAGUAGUACUGCUCUUAAUUAGUCAAGGUGCGCUGCAGCCAAUCUAUACUCUUUGCGUUCUUCAGUUUUUGCUCCUCCAAUCACAAGUUGUUCAGAACUGCACGUUCCAUUUGCAGAAGACCUUUGUCCUAAAUCUCUCCCAUUAACACAAGGAGUGGAGCAAGGAAGGAGCAGUUCCACGUUAAGAUCAUACUUCCAUGCUAGUACAUAUAUAUAUGAGCCUGCAGUCCAAACUUUCGAGAAUGAAGAAGAAAUCCCACUCUUCUCUGAUGUUCCUCAUGACCUUGUUCCUCAUCUGUCAAAUUAUUUUAUGCUACAACAUGAACAUGGUGAGAGCUCAGUUGGAUGCCACUACUGACAAGCAAGCCCUUCUAUCUUUCAAAUCCCUUGUCUCUGAUCCUCAGAGUGCUCUGAACCAAUGGAAGCUUGAUUCAUCUCAUUGUAAUUGGCCUGGUGUCAAUUGCACCAAUAAUGGAGCUCGAGUCCGAUCUCUUGUACUUAACGGUCAUGGCCUCAUUGGAAUCAUUCCUCCACAGCUUUCCAACCUCACAUCCCUCCAAAUUCUUGACCUUUCUGGAAACUCUUUUUUUGGUCACAUUCCUUCAGAGCUUUCUCGGCUGGCUAGCCUUCAGAUUCUAGUUCUUGCAGUAAACUCCAUCAAUGGCACAAUUCCUCCUGCACUCGGCAAUCUUCCUAGAUUGAAGAUACUUGACUUGUCCAGAAAUAAUCUUAGUGGUGCAAUCCCCACAACGUUUGGUUUUCUACCCAAUCUUACUAGGCUCUUAAUAGCAGAAAACCACAUAUCUGGUAAAAUUCCAACUGAGUUGGGUCGUCUCCGAAAUCUACUUGAGCUUCAGCUUUCGACCAAUCAGUUAACCGGAGAAAUUCCAUUUUCGAUCUGCAACAUGUCUUCUUUGGUCUUCUUAUCUCUUACAGGAAACAUGCUUACAGGGAAACUACCUUCCAAUAUAGGUCAUGAUCUUCCCCGUUUAACACAGCUUUACUUGGCUAACAAUAAGCUGGAAGGUCCAAUUCCCAGUUCUUUGUCCACUGCUUCACAAAUGCAAGUCAUUGAUCUCUCUACAAAUAGAUUUAGUGGGUCUCUACCGUUGUUGGGUAACUUGAAGAAUCUGAUCAAACUAAAUCUUGGAAAUAAUAGGUUAUCUUCAACGACGGAACUGAACUUUCAGGCAUUUGGGUCCCUCACAAACUGUACUAAGAUGGAACAACUGAUUUUGGAGUUGAACCAACUUGGAGGAGAACUUCCUAUUUCUGUAUCAAAUCUAUCAGCAAACCUUCAAGAAUUUUGUAUUGGUGAGAACUUCUUCACUGGAGGCUUCCCUCAGGGCUUUGACAAGUACCAGAACCUCUUUGCUUUAGCUAUAAACAAAAACUUUUUCAAAGGUGAAAUACCAAGCUCUAUUGGACAACUAAAGCAAUUACAAAGAUUGAUGGUACAUAGAAACGAGCUUUAUGGAGAAAUUCCCGAUAUCUUUGGCAAUUUGACACGACUUGAUCUUCUUGCAAUGUCAAACAACCAGCUCUCUGGUGGAUUUCCUUCGAGUUUAGCUUAUUGCGAACGCUUAAGUAAAUUGUAUCUAGCAGGGAACAAGCUCACAGGAAGCAUUACAAAUCAUAUUUCUGGGCUUUCAAGUUUAAGCCGAUUGCAAUUGGCACACAACUUGUUUACCGGUUCUUUGCCAAUGGAAAUAGGAAACUUGAAGCAACUUGAAGUAUUGGACGUUUCUGAAAACCUUCUCUCAGGAAAUAUCACCACGGAGAUUACAAAAUGCUCGAGUUUGCGCAAUUUGAGCAUGGCAAGAAACAACCUAACUGGCUCAAUACCGAGCUUACUUGGAGAAUUAGCAUCACUGGAGGGCUUGGAUCUUUCCUCUAACAAACUUACUGGCCCAGUCCCCAAAGAGCUAGAGAAUCUUGAAGUUCUAAAAACUUUGAAUUUGUCUUUCAAUCAAUUAGAAGGACAAAUUCCAAGAAAUGGUGUGUUUGUCAACCUCACUUGGGACUCCCUCCAGGGAAAUUAUAAGCUCUGUGGAUUCAACCAAGAGGCUGCAGAAAAGCUGAGAGUUAAGAUAUGUACGUCAAAUUCUCAUUUACUACCUAAAAUAUUGAUUCCAGUUUCUUGUUUCAUUGUGUUAGUGUGUGCAAUAUGUUGCUUCUUCUGGGUAUUGAUCACCCAAACGAACAAAAACAGAGGAAACAAAAAAAGAUCUUCAUCUGCAAUCAUCAGGUCUCUGCCAAGGCUAUCUUACUCUGAAAUCCAGCGUGCGACAAAUGGUUUUGCCGCAGAAAAUCUGAUUGGCAAGGGAGGGUUUGGGACCGUUUAUAAAGCAGUAUUCGAGAAUACUAGGAAGCUUGGUGUCAACACCAUCUCUGCAGUAAAGGUUCUUGACUUGGGACAAAGCAAAGCUUCUAAAAGUUUUGAUGCAGAAUGUGAAGCGUUGAGAAAUAUUAGGCAUCGGAAUCUUGUUAAGGUUUUCACUUCUUGCUCCAGCAUUGAUCAUACAGGAGCUGAUUUCAAGGCUUUGAUUAUGGAAUUCAUGUCUAAUGGCAACUUGGAUAUUUGCCUGUACCCCAGAGAUAUCGAGUCUGGAUUAUUCCUGACCUUAUCCCAGAGACUAAAUAUUGCCAUUGAUGUCGCUUCUGCCUUGGAUUACCUGCACCACCAUUGUGAGCCACCUGUAGUCCAUUGUGAUUUGAAGCCCGGAAAUGUGCUUUUGGACGAGAACAUGGCUGCUCAUGUUGGAGAUUUUGGAUUGGCAAGGUUUCUCCUUCAAAAUCCUCAACAGAAUGACAUUAGCACAAUUGGGCUAAAAGGCUCAAUUGGCUACAUUGCCCCAGAGUAUGGACAAGCUGUCAAAGCUUCUACCAGUGGGGAUGUCUACAGUUUUGGAAUAUUGUUGCUUGAGAUGUUUAUAGCAAAGAAGCCCACUGAUGAGAUGUUCAAGGAGGGUUUAAACUUGAACACGUAUGCAUCGACAAUACAAGAGAAGAAAAUCACAGAUAUUGCGGAUCCAAGGCUUUUCAAGGAUAAUGAAAAUUACACUCAAAGCUCCAACACCAGCACCAAUAAUUUCACUGGCAGUGAGAGCAGCAUCAGCAUCGAUAACAAUUCUCGUCAUGAUUUGUUUAACAGAAGCGAAGAAUGUGCGGCAGCCGCAAUAAGGCUUGGUUUGUCAUGUGCAACACAUUCGGCCAAGGAGCGUUUGACCAUGGCAGAAGCCUUGACAAAGUUGCAGGAGUUGAUGAAAAUCUUGGUGGGAUGAUUGUGAGACAACUCAUA